UGUCUUUUCGAUUUACAAGACAUGGAGUACUCAACAGUCAUGUAUCUCUUCGAGACUACACUCUAUAUGCAUCUCUUCGAUUACCAGACUGCAAUCAAGUUCAUACCAUACCAGUUAUGGCGUAUAUUAAAAGGGGAACAUUGCAUCUGCAUUUAACAUGCUUCUCAUCAGUCAUUCUCCAGUUCGUUCGAUAAGAGACAAGAGUUCGUCUUUAAUGUCAUUCUCAUUCUCCUUCUCUCCUGAUGAACAUGAAUGAUUCUCCUGUUCCACCACAAGAUCCCCCCAUCAAUGAGACUCAUGAUCAACAACCUCCACAACCAAGUUGUGAGGCUUUUGCUACAACUGAUGAACAAGAGGCUACUGUAACUAAUGCACAAGAUGUUGCUACAGUUGUUGGCUAAGCUGCUGAAAAUACAAGAAGAUUGACUUCUCCUGUUUGGGCACAUUUUGUAAAACAAAAGAUUGGUGGACUAGAUAAGGCUGAAUGCAACUAUUGCGGGAAAAAGUUGAGUGGAAAAAGCAAGAAUGGAACCAAACACCUUCAUGAACAUUACAAAAAAUGUAAUGCAAGAAAGAAUAAAGACACCAGCAGUCGAUUUUGAAUCCACGCCAAGAGAAAAAAGAAGGACCUAUUUCACUUGGUGCACAUACGUUUGAUCAGAGUGUUUCAAGAGAUGAGCUUGCAGAUAUGAUAAUUCUACAUGAGUAUCCACUCAACAUGGUUGAACAUGUUGGAUUUCGAAGCUUUGUCAACUCUGUCAAUCCGUUAUUAAUCCGUUAUUUAAGCAUCUGUCAAGAACAACCAUUAAGAGUGAUAUAAAAGUCAUUUUUGAAAGUGAAAAAACAAAGAUAAAAAGGGUUCUAAGUUCUAACAAAGGUAGAGUUGCGGUGACAACUGAUAUGUGGACAGAUUCUAACCAAAAAAGAGGCUACAUGGUUGUCACUGUACAUUAUAUUUAUGAUUCUUGGAAUCUUUGCAAUAAAAUUCUAAGGUUCAUGUAUGUUCCAGCCCCUCAUAAUGCUAAAACACUAUCUAAAGAGUUAAUGGGGUGUUUAGUUACAUGGUCCAUUGAAUGCAAGCUAUCCACUUUGACUUUAGAUAACUGCAGUGUUAACUUUUCUAUGAUAGACAAAAUGAAAGAAAAGUUGAGUGGUGGAAGACAUGUCACUCCUCAUCGUAACAGGCUUCAUCCCGAUACAUUACAAGCAUUAAUUUGCACCCAAGAUGGGUCCAAGCUAUGUGGAUUUUGAUGCUUAGUUUUUGAAGAUUGGAAGAUGAUUGACAGCAAUGAAGACCAAACUUUUUUUUUUGGAACAAGAACAAUAGAGUGAAAUUGUUUGGUUGAUUUUAAUGUUUGGUUAUUAUUUUUGUUGCUUGUGACUGUUUCAUGGAUUUUUAUGUUUGGUUUAGUUUGUUGUUUUUGAGAAUUAAGUAUGAACAAGUGAU